AUGAGUCCCCCACAAAGACAGGUUUCGCCUGCAAAUGUCAAGCCGGUCCACUACGAGCUGGGCCUGAAGCCGGAUCUGACCACUUUCAAGUUUGACGGAGAGGUCACCAUCGACCUGGACGUGAAGGAAACAAGCGACUUCAUCGAGCUUCACACACUGGAUCUCGAGCUUUCUGAGGUGCAAUUGAGCACGAAGGAAGGAAAGCUUGCUCCCAAGGAGACGUCGUACUCCAAAGAUGACCAGUCGACGACGUUCAAAUUCGGCGACAACAUACUCAAAGCGGGCGAAUCCGUUCAGCUGUACAUCAAGUUUAUUGGUGAGUUGAACGACAAAUUGAGCGGAUUUUACAGGUCCUCGUACACGGAGAAUGGCAAGACCAAGUACCUGGCCACGACACAGAUGGAGGCCACGGACUGCAGACGGGCGUUCCCGUGUUUCGACGAGCCUAAUCUGAAGGCCACUUUUUCCAUCUCCAUUGUUGCCGACAAAGAGUACACCUGUUUGUCGAACAUGGACGUGAAGGAGGAGGUGGCUGUUUCCGCGACCCAGAAAAAGGUCGUUUUCAACAAGACUCCGCCUAUGUCUACCUAUCUGGUUGCGUUUAUUGUCGGAGACCUGAAAUACGUCGAGUCCGAGUACAAGUUCAGAGAUAUUCCUGUCAGAGUGUACACCACGCCGGGCUACGAGAAGGAGGGCCAGUAUUCUGCGGAGCUGGCCGCAAAGGCUCUUGAAUACUACGAAAAGGUGUUCGACAUUCCAUAUCCGCUGCCGAAGAUGGACAUGGUCGGUAUCCACGAUUUCUCUGCGGGUGCUAUGGAAAACUGGGGCCUGGUCACGUACAGAAUGGUCGAUCUGCUGGUGAACGAGACCAAGACCAAUCUGGCCACCAAGCUGCGUGUUUCUGAGGUCGUUGCCCAUGAACUGGCACACCAAUGGUUUGGAAACAUCUGUACGAUGGACUUCUGGGACUCUCUGUGGCUGAACGAGAGUUUUGCCACCUACAUGUCGUGGAAGUGCUGUGACCAUUUCGAGAAGGACUGGAAGAUCUGGGAGAACUUUGUCGGCGACUCGUUGCAGAUGGCUCUUUCGCUGGAUGCUCUGAGGUCGUCGCACCCGAUCGAGGUUCCCGUGGCGCAUGCCGACGAAAUCAACCAGAUUUUCGACGCCAUCUCGUACGAAAAGGGGUCUUCUGUUCUCAGAAUGCUCGCCAACUACCUCGGCGAGGAGACUUUCAUCAAGGGCGUCUCUCACUACGUGAAGAAACACAUGUACGCCAACGCUGUGACCGAGGACCUGUGGGCCUCGCUGUCUGAGGUGUCUGGCAAGGAUGUCCAGUCCACAAUGAACGUCUGGACCAAGAAAGUCGGCUAUCCAUUGGUGCAGGUCUCUGAGAAAAACGGCAAGGUCACCAUCCGACAGCACAGAUACCUCACCACGGGCGAUGUCAAGCCAGAGGACGACACCACCGUGUACCCGAUCUUCCUAAGCAUCAGGACCGACGAUGGUGUCAAGGAGUUUGUGUUUGACAAGAAGGAGCAAGAGAUGGACCUCAAGAGCUCUGACUUCUUCAAGCUCAACAGCGACACCACCGGUGUGUUCAGAGUCAACUACGAGCCGGAAAGAUGGCAUAUUCUGGGCGCCGCCGCCGACAAGCUUUCUGUCGAGGACAGAAUUGGUCUGGUCGCGGACGCUGGUGCGCUUUCUGUCUCUGGCUACUCCAAGACCACCAACCUGCUUUCUCUCACGUCGCACUUCAAGAACGAGCCUUCGUUCUUUGUGUGGUCCGAGAUGAUUGCCAGAAUCGGCGCCGUCAAGCGUGCCUGGCUGUUUGAAGACGAAAGCAUCAAGGAGGGCCUCAAGGCUCUGGUCAGAAGCCUCGUGAGCGACAAGUGCCAGAAGGCUGGCUGGAAAUUCAGCUCGUCCGAGUCCUUCCUUGAACAGAGACUCAAGGCACUGCUUUUCAGCUCUGCUGCUGCCAACGGUGACCAGAAAGUGAUCGACGCUGCCAAGAGUCUGUUUGCAGGCUACAUCGCCAACGAGAAGUCAGAACUGGACCCUAACCUUAGAGGCACCGUGUUCAGCGUUGCUGCAACCCACGGCUCCAAAAAAGAGUUCGAGGCACUAGUCAAAUUGUACAAGGAGACACCGCUGGCGGACGAAAAACAGGAGGUGCUGGCCAGUCUCGGCAAGUUUGAGGACAAAGAGCUGCUCACCAAGGUCACCGACAUGCUUUUGGACGGAACUAUCAGAACGCAGGACGUGAUCAGACCAAUGGCCGGCAUGGCCUCUCACAGAGCCGGCGUCGAGCACCUGUGGGACUUUGUGACCAGCAGAUGGGACGAAAUUGUCAAGGCCAUCCCUGCGUCGCUGACUUUGCUGGCUUACGUGGUGGACUGUGCCACACGUGGAUUCACCACCAAGGAGCAGUACCAGAAGGUGGAGGCGUUCUUCAAAGACAAGGACACCAAGGCGUUCGACCAGAAACUUGCCCAGGCCUUGGAGUCCAUUGACUCCAGAGCCAAAUGGGUCAGCAGAGACUCCAAGGACGUGGCCGACUGGCUCAAGGCUAACGGUUACUCGUCCUAG